CCUCCUGUAUACCAGACGAGGUAGUUCACAUCUCGUCACCGCGGGGGCCCAAGAUGUACAACCCUUUCACACAACUCAAAUCGCACUCUUUCACACACACACACAACUCGGCACAGUCACACAACUCAAAUCACACACACACACAAUUCACAGCGCAGUCACAACUCAAACCACACACAUAAAAAGCUCGUAACAUUCUCAGUAUUGCAACCAAACACACCCACCGCGGAUAUGAACAACCCUGGCAAGAGACCCCGAGUGCCCUUAUUCCGCAGCUGCUAUACUAUCGUACUGCAAGAAUAAAAUCAUGAAUUAUCCCCGGAAAAGGGGAGUGUGAAUGUGGAUGGACAUUGUGGGGAAUUCCCCAACAUCAUGUGACAUCCUCCACUACACAAGGGCGCGCACGUAGAGAGAGAGAGAGCGCGCGGUGGCUCUGGAGGAAGUGAAAGUGCGUGUCUGUAGCACGCAGUGCAAGCACACAAGAGCAGCAAGACAGAGAAGCAAGAGAGUUCAGUGCACGUUGCAGCAAUUAAGCAGCGACCAACAGAACGCACUGCAAUUCACUUUGCAACAGCCGUCACGAUGCUGCUGAUGAUGCUGCUGAUGAGCCGAGGUGGAUGCAGACGUCCCCGCUUGCCUGCAGCACUUUGCACUCUCCUCCUACUACAGUACCAGCAAGUGCCUGGUACGAACGCUCAUCCUGCCAAUGAAGAUGAUUCUAAUAAUCUGGAAAUGAUUGAGGGCAUUAUAUCGAUGCCCAAUUUUAAAAACAACAUGAUGGUAUUAUUUCCACUGGACUACAAGGUCGAGACAAACGUGUUGCCUGAUAUUAUGGCUGAGGAUGAGAUAUGUACCACUGGAUUGUCUUUCCACCUUCUGAACAACGAUUUGAAACAUCUAAACAGCCAUCUGCAUGAAGAGCAUCCAGUUCAGAAACACAUCAACGAUAUUUUAGAUGAAAUGAGCGUCCUCGACAUAUUAAAGAAAAUCACCAAGAGUUACAGCAAGACAAAGAUAUCUCCUUCAGAACUUAUUUACAAAUUACAAUCGGUUUUAGGCUAUUUGAAGAAAUAUAAAGCUGAUUUUAAAACAUUCCAAAAUCAUUUAGAGUCCUGCAUAUUCCUACAUCAUACUGAAAAACCGACAGUGGCAGGUAACACACAUAUUUCAUUAUCCACUGCCACGUAUUCAGACGAGACUUUGACCACCAACACCUCCAUGUAUUUAGACAAUCAACACGAAACCACAGCUGCUCGUGGUUUAGACCAGAGCGUCACUAUUGCCACUUUCAAUCGUGUACGCAACAUGUUCACCAAUUCCAUGGCUUUGGACGAAGUGAACGCGACAUCCAAUGCGACAGCCCAGGCCAUAGCCAACAUCACCUCCAGCGCAGUGUCCCACAGGGAGGUGGCCACCCCACCCAUGGAGACAAACUCCACGGGUUCCUAUGCCUCUGACUCGACUCUCUUGACCUCAUUCGUCACUCGCGUUACUGCAUCGACAAAUAAUGAACGCAUUGACCUCGACAGCACGACGGUGAGCGGGCACUCAGUAGAUUCUACCCAGACUGGUACGGGCGGUGCAACUGUUGCACCGUCGAAAGUUACUUCAGACGGCGAUCUGAAUCUCGGCACAUCUCCCGACAAGCAAGUAAAUGCCACCGGCACGCCGCGCUUUAUUGGAAACUUUUCGGCUGCAAGUCCGAGUGAGCCCAGCUUCUCGUCGAGCACGAAGAGGGAACAAAUAGAGUCGAGCACCAGGCCGUCAAAAAACAUUGCAUCGCAUCCCACCGAGAGCACGAGGCAAACGAGCAGAGGUACGACCACAGACCACCACCAAGCCAAGCGACCAGAUGCUGUCCCCACCUUGGCAAAUGGUAGCGAGCUACCCCCAAGUUCCGACAGUUAUCAUCGUCCAGCAAAGCGCCACAAUGGUACGGAAGCAAACAGGCAUCGUGGCAAACAUACGCCUUCAGACUAAAUUGUUCAACACUGAUUGAGAUUAAGUGGUCAGAGGGGUGAAUAAACGUACAUAUUUUUCCAUUGCAGAAGGGCCACCGAUCGAUCCUCUUAAGCCAGCAGAUCAGCGUCAUCAGUGUUCCACCUCUGCAGCGAAUCGCACUGUUCACACAGACACGGUCUUAUUUUUGAUAAUGGGGAUUUACAUGUGGUGUUUGCAGAAUGUACUAGGAGUUGCAACAUUUAAAAAAAAAAUCGAAUGUCGUGUGUUUAAUACGUUUUAAUAUUUUACAUUGUACAGCUAUCGAAAGAUGUGUGAAGUUGCAUUGUGGUAUUACUGAUGGAAAAAAAAGCCUUUACCCUUUUCCGCCAUGAAUACAGGUGUUAAGAUGUUCAAAUACCAAAUAUACACCCUGCGCAAGGCAUAAAGUCUGCAUUACUCACACAUACUUGUGGUAAAACAUGAUUUGAUAUAAAAUGUAAUCAUUGUCUUUGAAACGGAUUGGCCUACACCAGAGAGAGCCUCAUUUGUGGCCUUGUCUCAUCGGUGUUAGACUAGAGAUUGGCCGGCCAUAGGGCGAACAGCACAAAGGGCAAUGAAAAUAUCACAGCAUUGAUGACGCGGAUUGAGCAGUUAAAUAACGUGUGAUUAAUGCGGUCUUGAUGCCUUGCCAUAAGUGUCUAUUUGGUGUUUUAGCAUCUUAACACAUGUAUUAUUUCUGACAAGGGUAACUGUUCCUUUGUCAUCAUUUUGAUACUAUCAAAGGGUCCCAUGAUGAUAAUACUAUUUAGUUCAGCUAAAAGUAACAUAUCUUGUUCCGUGGAAACUACCAAAAAUCCAUGAAAUAGAUAUUUUUUGUAUCAUUUUUUUUUACACAGCCAAUUUUAUGUGUACAGUCAUUGUUCUUUUUCAACAUUGCAGUUAUAAAUUAUUUUCUCAACCAUUCUGCUAAGUAAUAACCUGAACAGCUUGCAUUCUCUAUUCAAUGCCGUAAGAAUAAUAUUUAGUGAGCAAUGACACAUCUUAGGUUUAGAGUUGCAAUUAAGACACUUUGUUCUAUAAGUUUAAGGGGUGGAGUGAUAGUACAGUGUUUAUCAUGCUGCACUAUGAAUCGGGUGAUCAGAGUUAAAUUCCCAGCCAUAGCUAUCAGCAGUGACGCGUUAUAUAUCUGAACUGGUCUACACCGACCAGUGUGCCGUCAAACAUCCUCCACGAUCAAUAAUGGAAGAUGUCAUCUAGCAGCGGCUUGCCAAAGGGCAGAACAGUUUGUGAAAAAUGUAAACUGUAAAUUACAUUUUACUUCAAAUGGGUCCUAUAGCUAAGACAACUGGCUAUAUACCGUAUAUGCUCACCGUAGAAUGUAUUACAACAUUUGGCUAUCAUAGCUUCGUGUUAUAUUCCAAAAUCAUUCUCAAGCAUUGUUUGAGAGUGAUUUUUUGAUGCAUGUCUUCAGCGAGAUCACCGGGUGGCUCAGGUAAAUGUUGAAGUGGCAUUGUUGAGUUCAAAUCCGGGCAGCCGCCCAUGAUUAUCUCGAGUUCUCGAACGUGUUGAGUUGAUGUUCUCAGCCUGGUCACCAAUUACUGUGCAUUAACUCCGACCCCAUUUCAGAUGUUGUUCGGCACCUAAUUUGGCAAAAAAAAUUCCCCCUGUGAGCAUUUAAAAUGCUGGUUGACUGUGAUGCGAUGAGCACUUCUCUCUCGCAAGGUGGAUGGGAAAGUGAUGCCCCCUCAUAAGCAGCCAUACCUACUAUAAUCACCCAGGAAUGUCUGUCCUUAACACUCGGGAUGUCACUCCACGUCGACCAGCCCCCCUCAUUAAUAAUCAUGAACAGGU